CGGGCGUAGUUAGGUUGGGAUACAUUUACUGGUCACCGCGUCAGUGAUUUAGGAGAAGAAUUUGAUUGAAAGGGUACGUCUCAGAAGUAAAGCGGCUAUAUGAUGAAUCCACUUCACAAGGAUAUGGCCGGCCUUUUUGGCAAGAAAAGUGAACGUGCUACCAGUCUUGAUUUAGAGGAAGGAGGUUUAAAUUUUCCAGGGCGAAGAUUAAAUGAGAAUGAGUCUGUUGCCUCUUCUCGUCCCUCAACUACAAUGAAAAGUGAAGCAUUGCAGGGAUUUAAUCAAGGAGGAGCGAGACCAAAACAAAAAUUGCAAAAGAAGAAGAAACCACGCUCAAAAAAAGGGCGUGAUCUUGAUUUGAAUAACCCUGGACUCAAGUCAGAGAUGUUAAUUAGAAGCGAUAAGCCUACAACUGAAGCUGCUAGUUCUGGAAAUGAAGCUAUGGGCACCCCAAAAAGAGGAAAGAAUCGCCAUCGUAGAAAUCUUAAAACAAGAGAAAAUAUGAAUUGUGUUGAAGAAGAAGUACAGAAUUUGCAACGACUGAGCUUACAAGACAAAGAAGAUGAAGAAGGGGAGGCUUCAAGUUUUAUAAAAUCAGAUACAGAAGAAAAAAUACAUAUGCCUAAAAUUAAAAUUAAUCUGAAAAGUAAAUUUUUUUCUGCAACAUUCCCUGCUAUGAAAUGGAAAAAAAUCUAAGAAACAUCCACUCGUACAAAGUCUUAUUUUUCUUAUGGAUCUAUUAAUUAAGAAGCAUAGAGAACUAAGAGAAGAAAAUUCAAAAUCUUCUAACAAGAAAACUUCUAAAAAGGGCAUGAAAAAAAGCAAAUGAAGAUCUUACGUGUGGAAACUUGAUAUGCAUAGCUGCCUUCAACAUCAUUUGUCUCCUUUUCCUGGAAUUUUUAAAAGGUGUUCAAUUAAUAUUGAUCUUAUGGAUGGACGAUGGACGUUUUUCUUUUGAUUUUUUGGGCCAUGGAAACAUUUUCAUGAAUGUUGUUUUUUACAGGUGACUUAUAAAAUUUAAAAUUUUUUGUAUUUCUUACUAAAUUGUGUUAGCUGACCAAAAUUAUCGCAGUCUCAAAUUAUAGCUUAUUUAUUUCUGAAAUUAAGAUCUUGCUUCUACGACCAUUGAUUUAAAAGGUGGCAUUUACUCCUUGUUUAUUUAUAUAAUCAUUUCUUAAAGAUUGUAUUUGUAGUAUAAUAUCUGUAAAAUACUAAUAUUAGUAAAAUUUUUCUUUCAUAAUAUUUCUUAAAAAUCAGAAAUUAGAGCAACUUAAAAGCUAAUUGGAGCAUUCUGUUUUAAAUAAAUUUCAUCUAAUGGUAUGGAAUUUCUGUACCAAAAAAUUUAUUACAUUUUCUGAUGUAUUUAAAGUAUGAUCUGAUAAUUUUACGCAUUGAUUAAAUAAACGAGUA